AUGCCGACCCUCGCCGCCCGCUGGCGCUCCCUUGGCUCGCACGACUGCCUCCAGCGCUCGUCGCACGGCCUUGCCGUCCACGGCGACCGAGCCUUCGUCUUUGGAGGAGAGCUCAAGCCUCGCACGCCCGUCGAUGCCGCCGUCACGCUGCUCAACCUCGCCGGUGCGUCUUUCACGAGCACGCUCACCGCGUCCGCGACCGACUCGAGCUGGCCAGCGUCACGUGUCGGCGCCACGUUCGUCGCGUGCGGCGGCAAGAUCUACUCUUGGGGCGGGCGUGGCGGCAAGGCCAUGGACCAGCUCGCCGACAACGCCGCCAUCUGGGCCCUCUCGCCCGGCGCAGGAACGUGGGAGGAGCUCAGAACGACGGGCGACCUCCCCGAGCCGAGGAGCUUCCACACGAUGGCAGCGCUCGAGAACACGCCCUACCUGCACGCCGGCUGCCCCGCCUCGGGCCGCCUCGCGCAGCUGCACGCGCUCGACCUCGCGACCCUCACCUGGUCGCGCCUCGCCGACGCGCCCGAGCCCGGCCGUGGCGGCACGGUUCUCGCCGCGCUACCGAGCACGGGCAAGCUUGUGCGCUUUGGCGGCUUUGCCGGGCGCGAGCUCGACGGCCUCGACGUGUUUGACCCGGCGAGCGGGACUUGGACGUCGGUCGAGGCGGGCGUCGAGGGCGGCGGCGAGGGUCCAGCGAAGCGGUCGGUUCAGUCGCUCGUCGGGCUCGAUGGGUCGCUCGAGUGGGAGGGCAAGAAGGUCGUCGCCGUCAUGUCGAUGGGCGAGCGCGAGGGGGCGCCGGCAGAGCUCGGUCACGACGGCGCAGGCUUCUUUCAUUCGGACGCCUGGGCCCUCCUGCUCGACUCGGCGUCGCCGUCGUCGUACUCGUGGGCUCCCCUCGCGCUCUCAUUCACCUCGAGCGAGACGCCCGAGGCUCGUGGUUGGCUCGCCUCGGCACACGCCGGCGGCAAUACCGUCAUCCUCCAGGGCGGCCUGAACGCACAGAACGAGCGUCUCAAGGACGCCUGGCUCCUCGAGGUUGUUGUCGAGUAGCUCGAGCGGGACAGGAGCAGGAGGAGGGCCGAGCGCGGGAGCUCUCACAGCAGUAGAUAUUUGUAUCACUCGAUCGUUCAGCAUC